AAGGAUAAGCUUUGGAAAGCGUAACGAAUCGCCGCGUGCGUGACGCAACACAAAACAAGGACAAUGAAAGGAAACGGUUGAGAGGGAAAGAAAGAAAGAAAGAAAGACAGACCCAAUACGCAGUGUCUGAUUCUAUCUAUCUAUCCAUCUAUAUAUAUUCCAAAUAUUCCAAUACGGCAAUAUAUAAUAGAUAAAGAUAGAGAGGAGCAUGAGGAAACUGUGUGUGUGUGUGUAAGCAAUAGUUAAAUAUAAAAAGAACAUCAUUCCCGACAUUCUUUUACAUUCCAUGAGCGUGUGUUGUGUUUGUGCGUCAGUGUUAAAAAGACUAGAAACUAGAGUCUAGAACAGAGAUCUGAACAAGCUUCUUCCAUGGCGAGCAGGAGAGGUUUGCAAUCAAUAUUGUCACAAAGGAUUUGCAGGGGGAGGAGGAAUAUUGGAGCUGUCCCAGAAGCUACUACUGCUGCUGGUUCCUCCUCUCAAAAGCUCAUCAACUUUGAGCAUGAAUACAGUGCCCACAAUUACCACCCAGUCCCCAUUGUUUUUUCACAAGCAAAGGGAUCAUCUGUAUGGGAUCCAGAGGGCAACAGAUAUCUGGAUUUCCUCGCAGCCUACUCUGCAGUUAAUCAGGGUCAUUGUCAUCCUAAGAUCAUGAAAGCGUUGAAAGAACAGGCAGAAAGGCUUACUCUCAGCUCUCGAGCCUUCUAUAAUGAUAAAUUUCCAAUAUUUGCCGAGUAUCUGCGGAGUAUGUUUGGCUAUGACAUGGUACUUCCUAUGAACACUGGUGCUGAAGGUGUGGAAACAGCUCUAAAGUUGGCAAGGAAAUGGGGUUAUGAGAAGAAAAAAAUUCCCAAAGAUGAGGCAAUUAUUGUUUCAUGUUGUGGCUGCUUCCAUGGUCGCACGUUAGCUGUCAUCUCCAUGAGUUGUGACAAUGAUGCUACCCGUGGUUUUGGACCGUUGUUGCCUGGCCAUAUUAAAGUUGAUUUUGGGGAUGAAGUUGCCCUUGAGAAAAUCUUCAAAGAAAAUGGUGAUCGAAUAGCUGGAUUUCUGUUCGAACCCAUUCAAGGAGAGGCUGGGGUUGUAAUUCCUCCAGAUGGUUAUUUAAAAUCUGUCAGAGAUCUGUGCUCAAAAUAUAAUGUUUUAAUGAUUGCUGAUGAGGUGCAAUCUGGCUUAGCACGAACAGGAAAAAUGCUGGCUUGUGAUUGGGAAGAAGUGCGCCCAGAUGUAGUGAUACUUGGAAAAGCUUUGGGUGGUGGAGUGAUACCUGUAAGUGCAGUGCUUGCAGACAAAGAUAUAAUGCUUUGUAUCCAACCUGGAGAGCAUGGAAGUACCUUUGGGGGAAAUCCAUUGGCCAGUGCAGUUGCCAUCGCCUCACUAGAUGUCAUCAAAGAUGAGAAACUUGCUGAGAGAUCUGCCCAACUGGGACAGGAGUUAAGGCAUCAUCUACUUAAGAUUCAGCAGCAAUACCCAAACUACAUACGGGAAGUUCGAGGUAGAGGUCUGUUCAAUGCUGUGGAGCUCAACAGCAAAAAUCUGCGCCCUAUUUCUGCAUAUGAUAUCUGCCUACAGUUAAAGGAGAGAGGAGUUCUUGCUAAGCCCACCCAUGAUACUAUCAUCCGAUUAACUCCCCCUCUCUCAAUAAGUUUGGAUGAACUCCAAGAAGCCUCAAAGGCACUGAGUGAUGUUCUUGAGCAUGAUCUACCAAAGAUGCAGAAAGCAAAGCCAGAGCAUGUCUCCCCAAAUAGUUCUAACAUAUGUGACCGAUGUGGCCGAAACUUAUAUGCUUCUCCAAAUGAAGAUAAUUGAAUAACAUGUACAUUACUUCUUAAGGCAAUCAGUUGCUGAAAUUGAUAUAUUAUACCUUUACCAUGGAUUUUCAGAAAUGCUUUCUCCUCUAAUUGUUGAUUUCUCUUUUUAAUCUUCUUUUUAAUAAAAUUAAGAUACUUAUCUUAA